AUGCGGACAGGCAGGCGGCGCGGCGCGCUGGCUGGCGGGCGGGCGGCGCGGUGCGCUGGCGUGCGCGCCGGCGUGGCGCGCUGGCGUGCGCACUGGCGUGACGCGCUGGCGGGCGCGCUGGCGUGCGCGCUGGCGGGGCGCGCUGGCGUGCGCGCUGACGUGCGCGCUGGCGGGGCGCGCUGGCGUGCGCGCUGGCGUGACGCGCUGGCGGGCGCGCUGGCGUGCACGCUGGCGGGGCGCGCUGGCUUCUCGUCCGAUGGCAUACCUGUGUGUAUACCAGUCAAGCUGCCCCACCAUCUGCAUGUUGCCGUCAUCUGA